GUGUUAACUCGUUGGUGUGCGUUCGUUCACUUUCACUCGCCGCUGAGCCAGCUCGUGCACUCGAUCGGCCCUCCGCCGCCUCCGUUCGCUCCAGCAGCAGCCCCAAGAUGCGUCCCCGUUCCUCAUGUUUGCUCGUCCUGAUGGCCCUGGCCUCGGUGACUUACGCCAUGCCCGCUGCAUCUGAACAGAAGCCACUCAAAAUUAUCAAGACCCUUCCCGAGUACAUCAUUCCCUGCACCGUGGACGACCCUGAUGUCAACAACUGCAUCAAGAACACGUUCAACCACCUCAGGAAAUACCUGCAAAGAGGCAUUCCUGAGCUGAACAUGGACCCUCUGGACCCGCUGCGGAUGGACCAGUUGCUCAUGGAAAACGGCGUUGGCAACGUGAGAGUGCGCGCCUUGUUUAACAACAUGACUGUUCUCGGCGCCGGCAACUACUCCGUCAUCACCGUAAAGAGCGACCUGAGCAGGUUGCGUAUCGACCUGGGCAUGCGUCUGCCACGCAUUUCCGCCAUGGGCCACUACGAGGUGUCGGGACAGGUGCUGCUCUUCCCCGUGAAGAGCAAAGGCGACUUCUGGGCCACGUUCAAUGACAUCACUGCCGUUAUCUCCCUGUAUGGCCGCGAUGUCGCAAGGAGUGGUGAAAACUUCAUGCAGGUUGACAAGCUUGGCGUCGAUUUCCACCUGGGAGGAAAGUCGCGAUUCCGCAUCAAGGAUGUUGUCAACGGAAACACUGUCAUUGGUGAGGCGAUGAACCACUUCCUGAACGAAAACGCCAACGAAAUCAUCGGCGAGAUGAAGCCGGCGGCCGGCGCGAGCAUCGGCAAGCACUUCAAGUCGUUCCUCAACCAGGCCUUCCUGCAAAUCCCCCGUCGUAUUUGGUUGCGAGACCCCAAGAUGGACGACAGGAGCAGCGACAGCACCGACGAUGAAAGCAGUGCCAAUUGAAGCGCCACCCGAACGCAAAAACAAACAAUCAUUUUCCCUCAGCAACUCUCUGCAGCAAUUUCCAUGAUCUGAUCUCCGAGUUUUAGUGGACUGUGCGUUUAGUGGAGAAAAUAUGGUGAUGAGUGAUGGAAUUUGAGAAUUUUAAAAUACUUCGUCCCCCAGUUUAGAUCGACAAUAACAGGCAAAUUUUUUAUACAACCUUCACAAGUGGACUCUUUUUCCCUUUCGCUGCUUGUAAAUAGUGUAAAUAGUCAUUUUGAACGAUUAUCUUUCAUCGACUUUCUUCCUCUAAUUGUUAUUUAAUAGUUACUGUAAGGAAUCAGUAAAUAUAAGUUAUAGUUUGUAAA